AUGAGCGAGCCACCACUAGCGCUGGCAUCCCGUCAAUGGUCUUGCGCUAGCUUGCUUCGAGGGCGAUCCUACCUUUUAGAGCAACAGUCCCAAAAUGCCAAGAUGACUUUUGACGAUGUACUUGAGGGGCGUCCUGAGGCUGCGAAGGGUCACCUUCAUGAACUUGAGAAGAAGCGAUCGUCAUCAGCUCCUCCGACACCUACCCCUACAACAAAAGAGCCCACUCGGCGUGUUGCUCCGACUGGUGGCGCCAGGUCUUCAAACGAGACUACAUUUGGACCUGCCAUCUUGCAGCAUUUCCAAUUUUGUGAGGUGGCGGAGCCCGAAGAAGAGCGAAAGACGGGCACAGAGGACCCUUGUGUUCCACUUGCAGACAUCGAUGACAAGAAAUCGCUCGAGAAGCUCUCUGCUGCCCUGAAACGCUUGUGCUGUCCCAAGAAAAGCUCCGGGAAACUUGAGGUAAGCCCUGAGGUACACAAGCAGAGGGACAAAUAUGAGAAGGACGUCAAAGAAUAUUGGGUUGACAUCAAAACGACGGGAGGGCUAGAGAACGAACACUCAGAAAUGCUGAUCGACAGCACCUGUGGCGAGGGUGAUGCUGGGAGCUUCGAUCUGGGCAUCACAGACUCGACAUCCCUGACCCAGGGGAUGCCAGAGGACGAAGGGACUGACCAUGACUUGGAGGAGGUUGAUGAUAACGCUAGUUCCAAGUCGAAAGGGUGUCGACGUGACGACUGUGCUGUCGACAACGUUGGUGAAGUCAUGAAGAACCUGCUCAAGACCCAGGCCAAAUGUGAGAUGAUGGUCCAGAGACUUGAGGAAGAGAAGUCACCAGAGGGCAAAAGGAGCCUCGAUCAAAUGCAGAAAUACUGCAAGAAUAUGAUCGCUCUGCAUGACAAGUUGGCUGAUCUUAAAUCGUUCUUUGAUGGUGAGAAGCUUCAGGAUGAGUCCAAGCUUGAUUCGAAGACUCUAGGCCUUAAGCUUCCAAACCAUUUCAGGAAUAGGCCGACUUCGAGGGCUUUGAUGGAGGAAGUCAAAAUCAAGAAGCCUUGGCCCUAG